AUGCGAGAAGCGGCUGGUAGGAUGGCCGAACUAGAGUUCGAGGCGCCACUUGCUCAAAUCGAAGAGGCGGACGACUGCCUUUCAACGGCGGAUUACCCGCAGAAGACCAUAAAUGGCAACGAUAUACGCCUCAAUAACAUCAACAACCUUAAAAAUGAUUUCGUCAAAAUGCAAACUGACUCCAAUAAAAUCAACGAUAAUGACGAGCCGAGACUGGUGAAGUGUAAACAGGACAAUAUGCAAAACUGUGAAGGCGACAAUUUUACAGAGACUUUCUCUGGGUCACUUGAAGAUCUAGUGAACACUUUUGAUGAGAAAAUCACGAAGUGCUUUGGAAAUUAUGAAGAAAGCGUGGAGAAGCUGGCCCCGGUGCAAGUUCGUUCUCAGGAGGAAAUAAUGAACGAAUGCCAAAUGUGGUGGACUAUCACUGGUAACUUCGGGAACAUUCUACCGAUAGACUGGACAAAAUCUUUCUCAAGAAAAAUGCACAUUCCCACAUUAAACCUGAGCGACAAAAAGGGCGCAAUGACACCAGACGAUGAGAUACAUAGCUCUGAAGACGAAGCCGUGGCAUCAGAUUUGGACAUGCACGCUCUGAUUUUGGGCGGCCUGCAUCAAGAUCAUGAGUGUCCGGUUAAGACGGCCGAUGAGGUGAUACAAGAAAUAGAUGAUAUGAUGCAAGAGACACCGUCGUCGGAAGGCGAUCUGAUCGAGUAUAAUGAGGCGUUGGAGAAAGGCAAGGAGGUUCUCAACUCACCGCUUUACGAAGAUAAAUUACGUCAGCUAUCUCUCGCUCAACUGAAUGAAAUAUUCAUGGAACUAGAAGUACUUAUCAGAGAGUUUUCCGAAACUCUAAUAGCUGAGCUCGCGCUGAGAGACGAACUGGAAUAUGAGAAGGAGUUGAAGAACACUUUCAUAUCCCUGCUCCUGGCAGUACAGAACAAACGCAGACAGUACCACAUUGAGAAGAAGAAGCGACCUGGACCUCCUAGGUCGCCUAACUUGAACACAAGUCACUCUGAAUCUAAGUACUUGACCACGGUUAUCCCUUUCCACUUGGACAAUGGACCUCCCGACAAUCAGUCUCUACAAGUUCUUAUCAAGAUCCUGAAAGCAAUAAACGAAGACAGUCCCACAGUCCCUACACUGUUGACGGAUUACAUACUCAAGGUCUUAUGUCCAACA